AUGGCGGCCCCCACAGGUUCCCUCUCGGACCUCAAAAUGCAAAAGCACGGAAUGGGAUGGGCGAUGCACCAUGCUGCAUGGCUGUACUCUUGUUGGACAAGAAAAAGGCAGUUUGAUAGAGAAGUGGACACUGAAGGAAACCCGGCCAUUCUGCUGGGAUUUCAAGCCAAGCAAAGGAAGGAGGGGAGCAAGGAAAGGGCUGCUGGCCCAGCCACGCCUUCCUCUCCAGAGGUGAAAAAUGAGUGUGUAGCCCUUCUCAUCUGCCCCAGAAGCACUUCCCAGUGGUUCUUCCUACUGCUGCUGCUCAUGUCAAGCCUACUCGUGUGCAAGGACGUGACCUCCCUUCCCUUGUGUGAAGACAAAUGCACGGAGACCUAUGAACAUCUCUUUGUCCCCUUGCUCUCUAAGGCUUAUGUCAUCUACCUCUACACCCAAAAGGUCCUCACUGAUUUGGGCAAGCGGUAUUCCAAUAACCCGUACGACUACUUUACACUGGCUGUUGGGUCUUGCCACACAGUUAGCAUCCGUCUUCCAAUAACACUAAACAUGACUCGACUUUUGAGCUUGAUGUACUCAUGGAAUGAGCCGCUCUUGCGCCUUGCUAAUGAAACACAUCGCCUGCCAGGACAUAGUACCUAUGUCAGAGAUAAAGCCAAGCGUAUCGCAGGACAAAACCAAGAACUUCAAAACCUCAUGAAGAACAUAGCCAUGCAGUUUGAUCAUGACUUCACCAGGAAUGUGGACUCUGCUGUCUGGACAGACCUCCCAUCACUGCAAUCAGCUAAUGAAGAAGUUCACGUGUCUACUGCUUCUCAGCUGCUCCGCUGUUUUCUUUCUGAUGCUUAUACCAUUUUUCAGUAUCUCAAAUUGUUCUUGUGCAAUGCUCUUAAAUGUGAUGAUUGCUAA